UCCUCAGACACGCCCAGCGCCCCACAGGAGCAGGAUUGCCCCCCAGAGAUGAUGAGGAAGAUGAGUGGAUGCUCCCAGAACGGCCAGUGGAGCCGCCCAGGGAGCGAGCCGGCCGCAGGUGAGCACCAAGAGACGGGCGGGGGCGGCAGCAGCUUCAUCGCCGGCGUCUUCAUCCAGGCCAAGGGGAAGAAGCUGAGCAUCUACGAGGCCAUGGUGAGGGGGCUGCUGACCCCGGGCACGGCACUGGUGCUGCUGGAGGCGCAGGCGGCCUCGGGGCUGCUCACGGACCCCACCAGCGCCGCGCGGCUCUCGGUGAGGGAGGCGCUGGCUCAGGGGCUCAUCGGCCGCGACUUCUACGAGAAGCUGCUGUCGGCGGAGGGAGCCGUGACCGGCUACACGGAGCCCUACACGGGCGACAAAAUCUCCCUGUUCCAGGCCAUGAGGCAGGAGCUGAUCGUCAGGGACCACGCCGUCCGCCUGCUCCAGGCCCAGAUCGCCACCGGCGGCAUCAUCGACCCCGCGCGCGGCCACCGCGUCCCCGUGGAGGUGGCCUACGAGCGUGGCUACUUUGACCAGGAGAUGAGCCAGUUCCUUUCCGACCCCGAGAAUCAAACGAGGACCUGCUUCGACCCCAACACCCACGAGAACCUGACCUACCUGCAGCUGCUGCGCCGCUGCGUGCCCGACCCGGAGACGGGGCUGCUGAUGCUGCAGCUGAUGGACAAGGGCUCCGUGCUCUACCAGCUGACCGAGGACGCCCGCAAAGCCCUGCAGGCCGCCCGCACCAAGCUGGCCGUUGGCAUCUUCCAGGGCCAGAGCGUCACCGUCUGGGAGCUCCUCUUCUCCCGCUACGUCCCCGAGCACCAGAGAGAGGAGCUGCUGAGGAAAUACAAGGCGGGGACAGUGACCAUUGCACAGAUGAUUGACGUCCUCACCGCCACCAUCACGGGGGCAGAAAGGGACAACGAGGCUCUGGGCUCAUCCACAGCCAGCCCCAACAACGAGGCGAGGGCGUCACCCCCAGCUUGGGACACGCAGGCCCAGGAGCAGCAGCUGAGGAAGUCCCUGAAGACCGCAACGGUCCGUGUGGCUGCUGGGGAGUUCCGGGGGCAAAACGUUUCUGUGCUGGACCUGCUCUUCUCCAGAUACGUCCCUCAGGGGAAGCGGCAGGAGCUGCUGGAGCUGUACAGGGCAGGGAUACUGAGCACGGAGCAGGUGGCCGCCGUGGUCACCGCCAUCGUGAACCGAACCGAGGCCACCAACGCCGCGCUGGGGGCGAACGCCAGGGGCCCACACAGGGCAGCAGCAGCGGCCGGGGAGGAUGGAGAGGAUUGCUCAGCACACCUGGAUGGCGCCCUGAGAUCCACCACCAUCAGCGUGCCAGCUGGGGAGCUGCAGGGACAGCAGGUGUCCCUGUGGGACCUGAUCUGCUCCGACUACAUCCCCGAGGAGAAGAGGCAGGAGCUGCUGGAGCUGUACCGUGAAAGGUUAUUAACUCUGGAGCAGAUGACAACUGUUGUCAGCACUCUGAUUAGGAAAAAAGAAUCUGCAGGCAGGAAACUGCACGUUACAGUCAAGAGUUACAGCAGGGACCCUGCGACAGCAGCAGGAGAGGAGGGUGACCACCCCACCAAAGAGGAACCCUGGAAAACAACCCUAAAAACCACAAUGGUCCACGUGGAGGCCGGCGAGUUUCGGGGCCGCGAGGCCUCGCUGUGGGACCUGCUGCACUCCCGGUACAUCCCCGAGGAGCAGAGGAAGGAGCUGCUGGAGCUCUACGAGGCGGGUGAGCUGAGCCUGGAGCAGGUGAAGACCGUUGUCAGCACCAUUGUCACCAGGGCAGCAGCAGCAGAGAGAGCAGAGCCAGCGGUGCCUGGGAGUGCUCCCAGGGCAGAGCCGGCAGCCACAGCGGCUGAACCCACCCCCCUGGAUGGGGACAGGGCCUGGGAGGAGAACCUGAAGGCCACCACGGCCGAGGUGUCAGUGGGAGAGUUCCAGGCUGGACAGAGCUCCCUGUGGGACCUGCUCUUCUCCCACCACAUCCCCGAGGAGAAGCGUCAGGAGCUGCUGGAGCUGUACCGUGGGGGGACGCUGGCCUUGGAGCAGUUAAUCCUUGCUGUCACCACUCUCAUUAAGAAAAAAGAAUCUGCAGGCAGGAAAUUCCAAAUCACCGUCAAGAGUUCCAGCAGGGACCCUGCGACAGCAGCGGGAGAGGAGGGUGACCACCCCGCCAGAGAGGAACCCUGGAAAACAACCCUAAAAACCACAAUGGUCCACGUGGAGGCCGGCGAGUUUCGGGGCCGCGAGGCCUCGCUGUGGGACCUGCUGCACUCCCGGUACAUCCCCGAGGAGCAGAGGAAGGAGCUGCUGGAGCUCUACGAGGCGGGUGAGCUGAGCCUGGAGCAGGUGAAGACCGUUGUCAGCACCAUUGUCACCAGGGCAGCAGCAGCAGAGAGAGCAGAGCCAGCGGCGCCUGGGAGUGCUCCCAGGGCAGAGCCGGUGGCCGCAGAGCCUGAACCCACCCCUCUGGAUGGGGACAGGGCCUGGGAGGAGACCCUGAAGGCCACCCCGGCCGAGGUGUCAGUGGGAGAGUUCCAGGGUGGACAGAGCUCCCUGUGGGACCUGCUCUUCUCCCACCACAUCCCUGAGGAGAAGCGUCAGGAGCUGCUGGAGCUCGACAGCCUGGAGCAGCACCUCAGGGCCCUGCCCGCGCACACCAUGGAUCUGCUGCGCUCCGAGGGCUCCUUCAUCACCUUCGACCCGUCCCAGCAGCGCAGGGUGUCCGUGUGGGAGCUCCUCUCCUCCAAGCAGGUCUCCGAGUACAAGCGGGAGGCGUGCCUCGACACCUACCCCUCGGGAGGGCUGACAGUGAACCGAAUCACCAUCACCACCACCAUCACCACCGGCCCCCGGCUGGAGAAGAGCCGCCCCCGGCCCCACUGA